GGAGGUCCCCGCGAGGUUGUAUCCAAGGCAGCCAGCCAGCCGCGCUACACUCUCCAAGCUCACCAUCAGUCAAUAACACCCCAGUCAACCUUUAGCUCUCACUGUUUAUGGUGAUACAGAUGGGGUGGCUAACAACAGCGGUGGUUGUGGUUAUAGUGUGUCUCCUGCCGGGACCAUUCACUCUAACACACGCUGCUCAACUCAAAGCUGUGUGCGCAGACCUGGUGGGCGCAGGUGGCGUGGGCGUGCGGGUAUGGCCUACCAUCAAGGCCUCACCCGAGAGACACGCCAACAAGAUGCAGUUUAGACUCUUACAGAUUAACUGGGACGCAGAGGAGAUCCUGGAGGGUGAUUGGCUUGGGGUGUUCGAGCAGGACCCUCGCCCUCCACACGCCAGGCCCCCACCCACCACGCCCCCCUCCACCACGUCACACCGCUUCUGGCAGAUGCCGCGCCCUCUUUACUGGGACACGCCUUUCUCCUCCCGCGGUACUGUCACCACCAACAUCACCCAGCACAGGGCUGAGCUAAGCGUGCUGGCCCGCGGUGGGUGUGUGGGCGUGUUUGUGGGGUUCGUGAGGAAUGGUGUGUGUGUGGCGGCUGACUGCCAAGCUGCCUAUCCGACUUGGGUCUUUGACAACAGACAGGUGCUGGGCGGGAGGUCGCUCAGGUCGCUGGUCUUGCCUGGCACACACAACGCCGGGUCAUACUCCCUCAAGGAUCGUGGUGACGUUGUGUCUGCCUGGGUCGUCUGCCAAGAUGAGGACAUCAUCUCCCAGCUGCUUUACGGCAACAGGUACCUGGACCUACGGGUGGCCUACUACCCGGAUACACCAGAAUUACUCUGGAUCAACCAUGACCUCGUACGCUGGCGGCCGCUGUUGGAGGUCCUCAAUGACGUGCGGGGUUUCUUGGCCAUCUCCCCAGAUCCCAUCAUCAUCGACAUCCACCGAACACCUAUCGGUUUCGACCUACCUGAGGCCUUGCCGCUUCUACUGUCACUGAUGAACGAGACUCUCGGCUCUCACUUCCUCCAUAACCGCUACGGUCCUCUGGUCACACUAGACCAGAUAUGGAAGAUCGGAAAGCGAGUGAUCUUUACGUUCGCCGACGCAGACGUCGCCGACGACAAAGACUGGGUGUGGCCGCCUCUACCUCAGGCCUGGGCAAAUGCACAGGUGCUAGACGACCUGAUGACGUACUUGGAUGCGCAGAUGAACAAGCGGGUGGGUUCACCUAGACUGUGGGCAGCCAUGGCUCACCUUACCCCGACCCUGUGGGACAUGAUCCUCCGCUCUCACGUGGGGUUGAGAGGACUGGCUGACAGAGCCAACUUCGCCAUCACGCGGUGGCUACGACAACGCUGGGGUCACAUGGCCAACAUCGUCGCCUCAGACUUUUUCAGAGGGAACGAUGUCAUCAACGUGGCUAUCAGGACAAACCUUGCGUUGACCCUGUGUCGUCCACCACAGCCUCGACGACAACUGAUUAUGCCAGUGAAGCCUCAGAGGCACCCAGUCCCCUUCAGGAGAUCAACUGGCUUUAGGAUCGUGACAGAACCGAGACGAGCUGGUUUCUACCAGACUCCCACGACGACAAUUCUUCCUCUUUUCAGGAGUAUCUACUCCCCCUCCAGAACUUCUCAGGACAGCAGCACUAGGACUCUCUCACCUGUGUCAGUCACUAUGCAUGGAGUAGUAACCUACGACACACAUUCUUACAAUACGUCUGGUGUAGAUGAGAAAAAUCUGCAGCCAUUAUCACCCACUGAUUCAUUUCUUCAUCCAUUAAUACGCGUCUUCGCAGCUCCUUCUAACAGUCCUUCAUUAAUAUCAUCAAGUAACAUAGAUCAAGAUAAUGGUAACAGAUGGAGCGAACUUGCUGAUUACCCUCCCUUGCCCGCUGAAAAUGAAGCUCACGAAGUAGAUUCCGUCAGUGAGCCGAUGGUCGAUUAUGAUACUCCUAACCAUCAGCCGACUGAAGACCAACGCGAUACUGCAGGUGUCAAGGAAGUGUCUCAGGAUUCAGUCUCUGAGCCUGCACACACUGGCAACUACAAUGUGAACGACUGGCACCAGAGCAACAACCAGUCAUCUGAAGCUGGUAUAAGUACCGCAGACAAAGAAAAUGACUGGCAACGAAACAUCAGCCAGUCAUUUGACACUAACACCACGUCCACAGUCAAAGCUUUUGUAUUUGAGAAUCCAUCUGGAAAUGUUGACAGCUUGAAUAGUUCUGACGUUUCUGACAACUAUCCUGUUGUUAAUGAAGCUCUUGGGGUCGUAGAAUAUACCCACGACAAACAGACGACACAAGACACAUUAACGAUAUCACCAACAACCUCCUCUAGCGGAGACACUCAGCACCAUCCGUCGUUCUCUCCUCAAAUGAGAGAUGGGGAGGCAAAUCACAGUGAAGUCGAGAAAUAUUUCACACUUUCGACUGUGGAAGAUCAGUACUCCACACAGUCACAGACUACAGAAAAUUACUUUACACAGACACAAGCUACUGAAAACUACACUACACAGAAACAAAAUUACCCUACAGAGGAACGAACCAAAGAACACUACCCUGCACAGACACAGACUACAGAACACUACCCUGCACAGACAAAGACUACAGAACACUACCCUGCACAGACACAGACUACAGAACGCUACCCUGCACAGACACAGACUACAGAACACUACCCUGCACAGACACAGACUACAGAACACUACCCUGCACAGACACAGACUACAGAACACUACUACCCUACACAGACUACAGAACACUACCCCACACAGACUACAGAACACUACCCUACACAGACACAGACUACAGAACACUACCCUGACACAGAGACUAGAACACUACCCACACAGCACACAGUCUACAGAACACUACCCUACAGACACAGUCACAAGAACACUACUACAGAACACACAGAACACUACAAACCACUACACACAGACACAGUCUACAGAACACUACCCCACAGACACAGUCUACAGAACACACCCUACACAGAAACAGUCUACAGAACACUACCCUUCACAACUACAGAACACUACGCCACACAGACACAGUCUACAGAACACUACCCUACACAAACUACAUAA